AUGGGUGAUGUUGAAAAGGGCAAGAAGAUUUUUGUUUAGAUUGCCCAGUGCCACACUGUGGAAAAGGGAGGCAAGCAUAAGACUGGACCAAAUCUCCACGGUCUGUUUCGGAAGAUAGGUCAGGCUGCUGGAUUCUCUUACACGGAUGCCAACAAGAACAAAGGCAUCACCUGGGGAGAGGAUACCCUGAUGGAGUAUUUGGAGAAUCCCAAAAAGUACAUCCCUGGAACAAAACUGAUUUUCGCUGGAAUUAAGAAGGGAGAAAGGGCAGACCUAAUAGCUUACCUUAAAAAGGCUACUAAUGAGUAAUUCCACGGCCUUAUUUAUUACAAAACAAAUGUCUCAUGACUUUUAAUGUAUACCAUAAUUUAAUUCAUACACCAAAUUCAGAUCAUGAAUGGCUAAACAAUGUUUUUGUUGGACAGUCCUGAUUUAAGUAAAACUGACUUGUCGUAAAGCGGGUAUGAUCUUUUUUAAAGCAGCAAUUCCGGUUGUAUACAUGCCAUCCCCGCUCCUCCCUUUCUCAAGAUAAGAUUGGACUUAAUUAAUAAGGUUUUACUUU